GAGCUGGACACCCUACUCACAUGCAUGAGGUACCGAUGGCUGACUCGGUGCUCAACCACUCCUGGCCGGCUCUCUCCAAGCUGUGGAUGAAAAGAUGGGCCUUUAAGCGAGGCUCUGAGCCCAAGCCAUAUGCCCAGACCUUGGAGCCUGGAGCUGCAGCCCCAGAUACCAAGGGUAGCUGUGGACCCUGGAAACCUGAGACUUCAGAUUUCUUCGCGACCAUGGAGGAUGAGCAGGCGGAUGGUUUUUCAAGGCACUUCAGCGAGAGCUCAGAAGACCUCAGCUUGGAUAUGGGAGCCCUUCAGGGUAGCGAGUACCUCCGGGAUCUGGGCUUAGGAGGCCCUUCUGAAGUGAUCAUGGAUCCUACGAGGCCCAGAAAGGAAGGCAGAAGAGAGUCCUUCCGUUCGUGUGGUGAAGGAGCUCCAGCCCCGCCUCAGAGACGCAGCUGGGAGAGGCCACGGAGCUGCUCAGAACGCUGCCGAAGGCUCAGUCUUGAUGCCUCCACAGUGGAUGAAGGAGCCUGUCUCCCCCGGACUCUGGCUAGCCUUGCUCUGAAUCUGUCUGGAGACGGCCAGAAGACUUGGACCCAAGGAUGCUUAUCUGGGAGUGGGACUCCAGCAGAACCCUCAAUGAAGGAAUGCAACAGCCCUGAGAAAAGGCUAAGAUCCAAGUCAGUGCCUGUGUCCUGUGAGGAGAUCCGCUGUCUGGAACUGGCUUCAGGCUCAGAUGAGUCCACUCCACCUGUGCAAGGCCUUGAACCCCCCGUGUUGGAAUGCCUGGAAAAGGACCACGUGGAGCCAGACCACGUGUUGAUAGUGCAGCAAGUACUUCAGGAACUGCGGCAGUACCACGGGGCCCGUCAGAGUCACACAUCCAUCAGACCUGGAGGACCUCACUCCAGCAUCACCUGGUUUGAAUUCUUGUCUGAGAGUGAGGACGGUGCAGGCAAGAAUGAGAAGACUGACAAGAGCACCAGAGUGAAGCGCAGCCUGAGCUCCCUCCGAAGCAGGGUCACCCGGCAGAAGGAGAAGGGGAAAAGUCCAGCGCAUCUAAAGGAUAAGAGUCAGGACACCCCAGGGCGGCGUGAGUGUGUCAACGGGCACCAGCUGGUUCGAGGAACCUUCUCGGGCCACUCCAACUGUCCUCUGUGUGGCAAACCUUUGCUGAGCUCAGCCUCCCUAAAGGAGAGCCCUCGGAGCACGCUUCUUUCUGAUGGCAGCAGCCCAGCUCCUUCCAGGAAUGUCGGCAUGACCGUCUCUCAGAAAGGGGGUCCCCAGCCAACACUGAGCCCAGCCGGACCUGGGGUGCGACUUGGUCCAGCCACUGGAGACAUGGAUGAAGCCGACUCCGUGUUUUCAAAACUGAAGCAGACGGCCGAUGACUCCCUGUCACUCACAUCCUCGAAUGCUGAGUCUGUUUUCAUAGAAGAUCCUUCCAUUGCCUCACUGAGGUGUGAAAUCGAAUCAGAUGCCCAUGAGUUUGAGGCGGAGUCCUGGAGCCUCUCUGUGGAUUUAGCAUAUGCCAAGAAACAGAAGAAGGAGGUGGUGAAAAGACAGGAUGUCUUGUAUGAGCUGAUGCAAACAGAGGCACACCAUGUGCGCACGCUCAAGAUCAUGCUGAAAGUAUACUCCAGAGCCUUGCAGGAGGAGCUGCAGUUCAGUGGCCAGGCAAUUAGUCGCCUGUUCCCAUGUGCUGACGACCUAUUGGACAUGCACAGCCACUUCCUUGCCCGCCUCAAGGAACGCCGGCAGGAAUUUCUGGAGGAGGGCAGUGAUCGGAAUUAUGUCAUCCAAAAGAUCGGGGAUGUCCUGGUUCAGCAGUUUUCAGGGGAAAGCGGGGAGAGAAUGAAGGAGAAAUACGGCGUGUUCUGUAGUGGCCACAACGACGCAGUCGGUCACUACAAGUUACUGCUGCAGCAGAGCAAGAAGUUUCAGAACUUAAUCAAGAAAAUCGGCAACUUUUCCAUUGUGCGACGGCUGGGAGUGCAGGAAUGCAUCCUUCUGGUCACGCAGCGUAUAACCAAGUACCCAGUGCUGGUGGAACGCAUCAUCCAGAACACAGAAGCUGGCACUGAGGACUACAAAGACCUGAGCCAGGCCCUGAACCUCAUCAAAGACAUCAUCUCCCAAGUGGAUGCCAAAGUCAGCGAGUGCGAGAAGGGCCAGCGCCUCAGGGAGAUCGCAGGCAAGAUGGACUUGAAGUCAUCCAGCAAACUCAAGAACGGGCUCUCCUUCCGCAAGGAGGACAUGCUCCGCCGCCAGCUCCACCUGGAGGGCACCCUGUGCUGGAAGUCUGCGUCAGGGCGCCUGAAAGAUGUCCUCGCUGUCCUGCUGACUGACGUGCUGUUGCUGCUGCAAGAAAAGGAUCAGAAAUAUGUCUUUGCUUCCGUGGACUCAAAGCCACCCGUCAUCUCUCUGCAAAAGCUCAUUGUGAGAGAGGUAGCCAACGAGGAGAAGGCCAUGUUUCUGAUCAGUGCCUCCAUGCAAGGCCCAGAGAUGUACGAGAUCCAUACCAGUUCCAAAGAGGACAGGAACACCUGGAUGGCCCACAUCCGCCGAGCCGUGGACAGCUGUCCUGAUGAGGAGGAGGGCCUUUUCAGUGAGGCAGAGGAGAGGAAGAUGACUGAAGCCCGCACCAUGAAACUCCGGGACUUUCAAGAGCGACUGAGCCUGAAAGACCAGCUCAUCACCCAGAGCCUUCUGGAAAAGCAGCAGAUCUACCUAGAGAUGGCCGAGCUGAGUGGGAUGGAUGAGUCGUCCCAGUACCGAGCCCUCUUCCGAGGAUGCGGAGACCCCUCCGAGACCCUUCGCGGGGAACAGAUUCUCAGAUCUGCCAUGAGUGAGAUUGAGGGCAUCCAGAGCCUGCUCUGCCAGCAGCUGGGCAGUACCAGUAGCCAAGUGGAGGAGGGAGGUGUCUCUGCAGGCCUGCCUCGGAGGGCUGAGACCUUCGGAGGCUAUGACAGUGUGGGCAGCCCCAGCAAGAGUGGCAGCUUUAAGAAGAUGUACAACAGUGACCCCAGGCCCCAAGACUGGCAGGGACCUACAAGCAGUCCAGACUCCAAGCCUUGUGACAGCAACACCCCCAGUGGCUGCGAGGAAUCACCACAGGCGGUGGAGAUGCCUAGCACAGAGAGUGGCUCAUGUCUGCCCACUGUCCUGGAGUCAGAGCUGGUCCACCGGGUCCAGACACUGUCGCAGCUGCUUCUCAGUCUCCAGGCAGUCAUUGCCCAACAGGAUAGUUACGUGGAGAUGCAGCGAGUAGCCAUCCAGGAGCGGGAGAAGCAGUUCCGCCUGCAGUCAACACGUGGGAACCUCUUGCUAGAGCAAGAGCGGCAGCGCAACUUUGAGAAGCAGCGUGAGGAGCGGGCGGGAGUGGAGAAGCUGCAGAGCCAGCUACGCCAGGAGCAGCAGCGCUGGGAGCGGGAGCGGGCACGCCAGCAGCAGGAACUGGAGCUGGCAGGGGCGCGACUGCAGGAGCGAGAGGGCGAGGCGCGCCAGCUGCGCCAGCGGCUGGAGCAGGAGCGCACGGAGUUGGAGCGCCAGCGCCAGGCCUACCAGCACGACCUGGAGCGUCUGCGCGAGGCCCAGCGUGCAGUGGACCGCGAACGAGAACGCCUAGAGCUGCUGCGCAGGUUCAAGAAACAGAAUACCGCACCGGGAGCGUUACCACCAGAGGUGCUGGCAGAGGCCCAGCCUGCAAGCCAUCCUCCCAGCUUCAAUGGCGAUGGGCUGGAGGGGCGCUUGGCCCUAGCCAAAGCACCAGGGACCCAAGGGAGCAUGCUGCUGCCUGGCACAGGACCUGAGUACGGAGAGCGCCCUGAGGUGGCCCGCUGGGACAGUGCCCCUGCAGAGAGCCGGCCAGCCAAGAGCGAUGUGCCCAUCCAGCUGCUCAGUGCCACCAACCAGAUUCAGAGGCAGACGGCUGUGCAGCAGCAGAUCCCCACCAAGCUGGCUGCCUCCACCAAGGGUGGCAAGGAUAAGAGCAGCAAGAGUAGGGGUUCCCAGCGUUGGGAGAGCUCAACAUCCUUCGACCUCAAGCAGCAGCUGCUUCUCAACAAGAUCAUAGGCAAGGAUGAAAAUGCAUCACGAAACCGCCGCUCGCUGAGCCCCAUCCUGACUGCCACCCAUGGAACUGCCCCUGCCCCAGACCCCUGCUUCCCAGCCCCAACCCCGGCCCCAGCUGCCAUGCCCCCUGAGGCUUUCUUCAAGUCCGGAGGCACAUCCCUGCCACCUGCGUCCCCGGUACCCUCGCUGCCAACCACACCACUCACCGCCAAGGAUGAAGUUGGCAAGGAAGAUGUCAUCUUCUUCUGAGGAGGCCAUGGCCCCAAGAGCAGACCCUUUUCUGUCCUGAUAACCCUUUCCAUUUCUGGGGAUCCCAUGGGUGUUCCUGACUGGCCAUGUCUUUCCCCUGCCCAAGCAGUCAGGCACUUGUUCACCUGAGGUUGCCCUGUUGGUGUUUUGGGUCUCAGCGCUCUCUAUAGAGUUAGUGGUAAAGUGUGGGUAGUCCCUUAAGCCUCUUUUUAUAUAUGUACAUGCAAACAAAGGUCUUUUAAAUUGAAGGUGGAACCCCAGCUAAACCACAUGGAGCUGUUUGAGAGCACAACAAACCCAGGGGGCCAGGAAACUGAGGAGGCACAUCUGAAAAGACAUCUGUUCCGGGGGCAGGCUCCAUAACCCCCGGAAUCCUGAGUCGUUAGGCACCAGAGGCCACAGGGAGCUUUGACCAGUAAAUGAACUUGGCAGUGUUGGGGCCACAGGGGUGGGCAGGUUCGGGCAGAUGCCAGGUAGCAAUGGACUAGGUCUGUGGGUUCUGAAAUCAAUCUGAAGAGGAGUUACUGGACUGUCACUC